AUGUCAGACCCAGUAUCAUCAACUCAAGCGACUGAUCCAGUGCCAUUAUCAUCCGCCCACGUUCCGACAACAUCAAAUUCAAAGAACGGAAGAAGAAAUGUUAGAUUAUUCGCUCCAGACGGAGAUUCAAGUUCGGAUGAGGAGAGUAACAUGAUGGGUCCUGCCGGACCAGAUAGUGGAUUAGAUGGCAUAGUUCCUUCCAAUCCACGUUCAUCAUCCUAUCCUGGUCCUCCUACGCAUACAUCCCCCUCAUCACGCUUAUCAGCUAUCGUAUCUUCAGCUUCGGCUGCUCAACCAAAACUGGCUAGAGCGGCUACGUUCGUUGCUCCAUCGACAUCCUCAUCACGUCCCCCGAUACAUCAUAUACCUACACUUGGCACGAUGGGUGCCGCUCAAACUCCUCUAGGCUCACAUCAUCAUGAUGGUUGGAGAUCAAGACUUCGACCCGAUAGUUUAUCUAGAAGUUUGCAUUCACCUGGAGUCAGAACACCCCUCGGUUCAAGUUCGGGGAAUCACAAUCAUCCUGCUUCAAAAGGUAGAUCAGACAUUUAUAAUGAUCCUGAAGUUUCCUAUUUCCACCAUCACGCCGGACCGUCUCGUCGAGGUGACUCUGCAUUGGAUGAAGAUGAAGAAGAAGAAAUUCGUAGUCCAGGUUGGUCAAUGGGUGCCGGACCUAUUGGACCAGGUAAAGCUUUACAAGAGAAGAAAGCGGAUGUAGCGGAUAAUAAUCAACAACCACAAAUAGUUUUAGCUCGUGCAGAUGUCUCCAUCGAAGAAAAACAAGAACGUCUGGAUUGGCAAGGAAUGUUGGAAAGUGUUUUGACUUCUGAUGUACUGAAAAUUGAAGAAGCUAGAAUAUCACAAGCUAUGCCUACUGAAUCAUUCAGAGAAGAAUUCGGUCAAUCUCUUUGGUGGCAGAUACGUGCUAAACUCAGAGGUAGAACAGAAGCCGAAGAGAAACGAAGAGUUCAGGAAAGAAGAGCAAGAGUAGUUGAUUCAGUCUUGGAAGAAGUAGCUCAUUUUAAAGCUAAACCAACUGUUUUACUACCAAAGGAAUCUCAAGAAGAGAAUGAUGAAGAUUCAGCUCUAGGUCCUCAACAUAAUGCUUUAGAUCAAGUCAAUUUAAUGUUAGCUAAAUUAGCUGCUAUAAAAGCACUUUAUCCAAAUUUAGCUGCCAUGAGAACUGAUAAACCAAAUUAUGGUUCACCUGAGUUUAGAGCGAAAACAGAUGCCUUAACAGCUUGGUCAACAGUCGUCACAGCCUUGAAAACUCAACUUAGAUUACUCCAAAAAUGGACAGGUUCAGAUGAAUUAGACAUAACUAAACCAAAUACAACGAAAGAGAAAGCUCUGACAGGCAAAAACACUUAUACAUAUCAUCCAUUAGAUUCAAAUGGUGGUGGUGGUAUAUCAGCUGGACGAGAUGCAGCGGAUGAUUCAAGUUUCUUGGAUAGGGUAAUGAAAGAAGAUAAUCUGCAAGGAAUGUUUGAAAGAAGAGCUUUCAUUGAUUUGAUCAAUCUGGUCAGAAACGCAAAAGAAACUGUCAUUUCGUAUCUACCUAUAUUCCAAGAUCAAAAUUUACCUGAUUUCCAAUACGAAUUAGUCAGGUUAAUUGGUUUCCCGGGACGGUUGAUCAUUGAAGCUCUGAAAGUCAGAUUGGAUGCGGCUUCAAGAUUGGUCGAUCCCAAUCCAAUGGUCGUAUCAGAUUUCAUUGAAAAUUUAAGGUUGUCCAUAUCAUUAGCAGUCUUGAUCAGGAAACAAUACGAUGAAAUUAUCGCUCCAGAUCCUGAUGGAAGAUGGAAGAUCCCCCAUUGUUUACCGUCAGAAUAUAAUGAUGUGAUGAUCGAUGCUAUGAAAGCGUUCUUUAGACUUCUACAUUGGAGAUUGAGGGGAGUUGGCAGAGGAAGUUAUUUCAAGGAGACUGAAGUACUCGAAGAUGAAGGUCCCUUCUUGUAUGAAGCUGCAGAAACUAUCGAAGGAGGGGACAUGGUAGUCGCAGAGCAUUCUUGUGCACUGUCGAACAAAUUACUCAUCCGAUCUUGUAAUUAUCUUGACCAACAAUUGCGAGCUCCACAAGGCAACGCCAAUGCUGUUGGUCGUGACGGCGCCUCAAAGGCAAUGAAAACCGAAGAGAUGAUAUCAUGGUAUGGCAAAUUACUCGACUCUGCCAGAAUGCGCCAUCGAAAGACUCAAAGAUACUGUCGACGUCUUACUCAACGAUUUGAUAAUUCUGCCGAAUACACUCUCGAAUACACUCAAGUUGACGCUCUCGUCUCGCAACUUCAAGACUCGGGUCACUUCCUAGUGUACACAAAUAUAUUCGAAGGUAAAGGCACGUACAUCGUUGCAGAUGGAUCAUUAUGGGGUAAACCAGAUGACGUGAGACAUAUACUCCAACGAGCUUUCUCGGUCACCAUUCCCGGGUCAAGAGCUCGACCUCAGCAUCGCAACACCACGUUCUCACAGAAUGGCGAAAAAAUUAUCAUUCAUAACGGCGACGGUACUCCUGAAGCUCAAGUCUUCGACAGUGGUGAUGAAGAGGAGAGCGAUGAUGGACAUAUCGCGGCUUACCUUCUGCUUUUGUCACCAAGACAAAACUUUGUUUGGACUGGCGCAGUCAUGACUCUUAAAGUGGAUUAUAUUGAGUUUGCCUUGCAAGAUAACCGAGUCAGAUUGAUUGCAGAUGGUCCAACGAGUCGAUUGGCUUUGUGUAAACAUCUAUUCGCAGAAUCUCUGAUAGAACCCGAAACUGGCGAAUCACUGAAUUUACCCUGUAUAGUCGAAGCUCAAGCUCAUCUACCGUCCAUUCAAGGUCAACUUCUGAAGAUCGCCAAUUCGUCUUACCGAUUAUCGGAAUGUAUAGUUCAGUCCGCUCCAUUAGUACGAAACGCUUUUAGAGGAGCGUCAGGGUCACAAGAUUUGGUAGAGAAUUGGUAUUCUUUCGCUACAGAUCACGGUACCCGAGUAAGCGCACAUAUCGAUCCUGCUUCUUGGGAACGAUUCAGUCGACUCCUCAUGCGACUUGCCAUCUCUUGGAUCUCUUUCAUCUGUCAAGAAUGUAACCCAACGGAUCGAAAGACUUUCCGAUGGACUGUAGCAGCUCUCACAUACGCCUUCACCAUGACUCGAGGCAACAAUAUCCUGUCGUUAGACAGAGCCGAGUUUAGCUUACUUCGACGACAUGUUGGAAAUUGUGUAUCGCUUUUGAUCAGUCACUUUGAUAUCCUAGGCGCUAGAAGCAGUUUGGAAGCGAAGAAGGAAGCCGACCGAAUAGAUGCUAUGAGACGAUUGCAACGAUUACAAGAAAACCUGGAUGACGAAUUCCUACCUCGAUCAACAUCACCUUCCGGACAACUCAAACUGGAUAGAAGUAUACGAUUGACCGUUGAAGAAAGGUUACGGUUAAUCAAUGAACUUGAACAACAGAGAAGUGAAGCCGUCGCUCAACCUGUCGGAACUGUUCUAGACGAAGAAGUAUCAGAAGAUCGAGCUUUGGUAUUCUUGGCAGCAUCAAAGUCAAACAUCUCGAUGAGGUGGCAACAAGGUGCAUAUAUUGGUGGAGGAGCUCAAGGUUCAGUCUAUUUAGGUUACUCGUUACAAGACAAUGCGGUAUUCGCCGUGAAGAUCUUACCUACAGUCGAUCUACAAUCAUCACCUGCUUUAUAUGAAAGUAUCAAAAGGGAGUCCGACGUUAUGAGUUUGCUGAGUCAUCCCAAUAUUGUCGGGUUCUUAGGCUUAGAAGUGCAUAGAAAUAGAGUUUGUCUGUUCCAAGAGUACUGCGAAGGUGGUUCUUUAGGUGGCAUGCUAGAAUAUGGUAAAAUCGAUGACGAAGAAGUUGUCGGAGCUUUCACUAUUCAGCUUCUUCGUGGUCUAGAUUAUCUUCAUCAAAAUAGAAUCGAGCAUAGAGAUCUCAAACCGGAAAAUAUUCUCAUUGGUGCCAACUCUGUACUCAAACUGGCCGAUUUUGGUACAGCUAAGAUUAUCAAAGGUAACAAGACUUUAGCGAGGACUCGUGGUGGUGCGAAUGCGAAGAUGGAAGGUCUUGAAGGAACUCCAAUGUAUAUGGCUCCCGAGAUGAUCAAGAAUAUUCGUUCCGGUAAAUUGGGUGCUUGUGAUAUUUGGGGUCUUGGAUGUGUUGUUCUUCAGAUGAUCACAGGGAGAAAACCUUGGAGUUUCCUGGACUUCGAUAAUGAGUGGGCAAUCAUGUUCCACUUAGGAGCAACAAAUGAACAUCCCCCAUUACCUGAACCUAACGAAAUGUCAGAGAUGGGUAUCGAGUGGAUUGAGAAAUGUUUAAAUCUUGAACCCGAUGAAAGACCAACUGCACCUCAACUGUUAGCUGAUGAAUGGCUAGAACCUAUGUUACAGCAAAUGGCUGAACUGGAAGAAGAUUACCCUGACGUGUUGGCAAAUCAUGAAACUGGAGAAGCUGCACCCCCACCUCCCGAGGAUAUAUCCGCUGAAACCACCCCAUCUCUUGGUUCAGCUGGACCUACACCUCCUUUGGAAGGGUACGAGGAAAUGCACAAUCCCAAUGAUCGUUCGGACAUUCUGUAA